AAAGUUGGCGAGAGUGGAAUGUGCUCAGGUGAUGCUUUUGAACCUGUCUGAAGAGGAAGUGUGGAUCAUGUGAUUUAAAAGGUGUCAAAGGCGACAGAAAAAGAGAAGGGUAAGACUGGCCAAGAGUCAACUCAAAAUUGAGAUUUAUAUAUUACAACUUGACUACCUGCACUUCUACUACUACUACUACUAUUCUUCCUACUAUUUCUAUUUUUAUUACUCCGCAUUGUGCAAGCUGAAGGCACAAAGAGAUGCCUAACCGAGUGUGGGACGGCGACAGUUAAUUGGCCAGAGGCGUGAUGUUUUUUUGCAAGCUCAAAACAAAAGCAGCGACUAAGUUUGUCUGUCAUCACAUCACAUGACACUGUUGUGACUCAAGCACAGAGUCGGGAGGCCACAGAAUGGGCAACUCCUCCGGGAAGGGCGAGGGAGACGAGGAGGAGGACGAAGAAGAGGAGGAGAAAGACGGUGAAGAGGUGGUAAUAGUGCGGAAGAAGAAGAAAAAAGAGGAGGAAGUCGAGGAAGAGCUUCCACUGGGGGUGGAUGAGUUGCUGGAGAGUGGAGAUCCAGUGUUGGACCUGAGUUACCGUAAAUUUAAGCGCUUACCUGCUCGUGUUUGCGCACUGAUGCAUGUGGAGAAGCUCUACGUUUGUGGAAAUAGCCUGCGCGCUCUUCCCGACAGCAUCACCCAGCUGCAAGGUCUGCGGAUUCUCGCCUUGGACUUCAACAAGAUGGAGGAUGUUCCUCUCGCCAUCUGCCAGCUGGCAAACCUCAGCCGCCUCUACCUGGGCAGCAACCGCCUGAUGACGCUCCCUCCCGAGGUGAAAAAUCUGCAGAGUCUCCGCUGCCUGUGGCUGGAGAGCAACUACUUCCAGUGGUUUCCCAAAGAGCUGUACGAACUUCCCAAUCUCAAAUCCCUGCAGAUCGGUGACAACCGUCUCAAGACCUUGCCUCCUGACCUGUGCCGCAUGGAGACUUUGAGGGGGCUGUGGCUCUAUGGGAAUCGCUUCCAGACCUUCCCUAAAGUCCUCCUAAGCAUGGAGGGCUUGGAGAUCCUGGACCUGGACCGCAACAAGAUAUCCGAGUUCCCCAGCCUGAAGCGCCUCCGAUCCCUUCGCCUUUUCUCCUAUGACCACAACCCGGUCAAGGAGCCUCCUAAAGUGGGUGAAGAGGUAUUAGUGGUCGGGGAGGGCGCUGCAGAGUUCUUGGAGGAGCGUGAGACCAGGAAGGACCGGAGGCGCAAGGAGGCAGAGGAGGAAGAGGAGGCUGCUCUGGCGGGAGAGGAGCCCAUCAUUCACGGCAUUUUGAAGAAUAGCAGCUCCAAACGAGCCGCCCUUGAGGAGGACGAAGCGGAGACCGGGUCUCCGGUCCUGGAGUACGACGGCGGCGAGCUGGAGUAUGACGAGGAGGCCUUUGAGUAUGAGACGGAAGAGCUGAUCUACGAGGCUGAGGGCUUGGAGUAUGAGGGAGAGGAGCUGGAGUAUGAUAGGGCUUACGUAGAUUAUGAGUAUGAGGAGGACAUGGAGACGAAGGCGGAGACCUGAACUUAAACCUCCAUCCAGACUGAGGGAAUCUGCGAGCAGGUGGACAGCAAGGUUGCUUUGUUUGACAUUCUCCCGAGCUGUGAAUAUAAAAGAAUGAGUUUCAUCUCAGGCUACUGUGAAGCAGAGCAGAACUGUGUGUGUGUGUGUGUGUGUGUGUGUG